AAAAUCUUUUUUUUAACUUCUCUUGAGUAAACAAAGCGUGGACCGCAGACUAGUUACACACUGUUUUGAACACGCUGUGGGGUAAAGUUGGAAACAGCGUUGUUUGGGUGGGAGUUAGGUUAUAACUUAGCAGUGGUCGGCCUGUUAAUAAAGCUUGUGAUGUGCCAGAGAGACAGCGUCUUCCAAGGUGGAUUCUUUGGAAAUUAGUCUGGAUUUAUGUCAGAAAAAGGCAAAUAAACCUUAAAGGCGUUAACGGUCUAAGAUUUUACUAUACAGACUCUGCCUAUAUCUAUAGAAGUACGUCUUUAGUCUUUUGCAGGUUAUAGAAUCAAGCUAUAUUAGCAUGGGAAAUGAGACGGACAGUAAGAAUGUCUCAGCGCUCGAAUGCUUGGUCAAAAACGACACAUUAAAAGCGUAUAAGUUGGGCAGUUUACAAAAGCCGCAGAGUAUUCGUAAGACGCCUAUAAGCCAUCACAGAAACGUACCUACGAACCUACACAAAGCUAUCUGUGCCAACGUGGAACUUACAGAAAUCUUUCAACGGCUACAAUCUGGAGAACGAUUUCUUCUUGUUCGUAAGAAACGGUGGUGGGUGCGACAAAAAUACGUUAGGUGUAGGCUGGACGACGACUUCUUAUACUUUCGUUACGUACCGGAAGGUGUAUGUUGCGCUAGUAGAAGGGAACGAAAAGUCGACAUACGUCAUAUCCGAAUCGUCCGGACAGGAAAUGCAAUUGCUUCAACUAAAAAGGUCUCGGAGUCCCAGUGUUUUUCGAUGGUGGUCGACAACUCCAACAGCGUGGUCCUUAAUUUCGUGGCGCCGAGCGAAGAAACUGCCUCGAACUGGAUUCUGGGUUUAAAUUUACUGACACGACGGAUAAAGAGUCUUACACCAAGACUACAACACGAGUUGUUUGUAUGGGAGUUAUUUAACAGUUUCGAUGCCGACAAAAACGGGUUCGUUACUUUCAAAGAAGCGAAGAAACUUCUACGCAAGAGCGGCGUGCCAGUAACAACGUAUACAAGGCACCAUUUUUUCAAACGUGCAGAAGACACCUUACAAGACUUCAGUGCAUUCACUGGGUUUUAUGAAUUUAUGACGAAACGCGCCGAAAUCUCGAAAUUGUUUCAAGAAAUAUCGGCAGACAAGUUGGCAAUUACUAGCAGGGAGCUUUACAAAUUUCUGCAGAAAACACAGAAAGACACCGAUGUAACAGAAGGUGACUGUGAGCAAAUAAUUGAAGAUUAUGAGGUGGAAGACGUGUCCAGACACGCCCACCAAAUGUCACCACGUGGAUUUUCUUUAUUUCUCAAUUCCAACUAUUCAGCAAUAUUUAACUGGCGACAUGAUAAGGUAUACCAGGACAUGAAGCAGCCUUUAUCUCAUUACUUCAUUGCUUCCUCACACAAUACAUAUUUAACUGGAGAUCAAAUAAAAGACCCUAGCAGCACCGAUGCUUACAUGAAUGCCUUGCUAAAGGGUUGUAGAUGUGUGGAACUUGACUGUUGGGAUGGACCAGAUGGUGAUCCUGUUAUAUAUCAUGGGUACACACUUACUUCAAAGUUAAAGUUUAAAGAUGUUGUUCAAGUGAUUGGGAAAUAUGCAUUUGAAGUUUCAGACUACCCUCUUAUAUUGAGCAUUGAGAAUCACUGCAGUGUUGCACAACAGGAAAAGAUGGCGUUCUACCUAAAGGGAAUUCUUGGUAGUGAACUUCUAACUAUGCCAGUCAUCAGUAAUGGGAGAGAAAGUGUCUUGCCUUCACCACAUGCUCUUAUGGGAAAGAUACUACUGAAAGGUAAAAAGUUUCCCCCUCGAUGCCAUUAUGAAGCUGAUGAUGUUAGUUUGGAAGAUGAAGCAGCUGAUAUUAAAACACAACAAGAUGAAAAGAUGUUUACGUAUAAGUUUACAGCAUUAUCGGAAAGUUCAAGUGACAUGACCAGCUUUGAAGAAAAACCUGUUUCACGCAUGACUAGUUUUUCACGUGAUGCUGCAACAAAAUCAUCAUUUUCUGGAUCGUCAAACAGAUCAUCACAAAAGCAAGAUGAUGUUACAAAACACAAACUAGCUCUGGCAUUAUCUGAUCUGGUGAUUUAUUGUAAAAGUGUGAAGUUUAAAUCUCUGACGUCUAACCUGUGCAAACCAUAUCGAUUUUCCGAGAUGUCUUCUUUUACUGAGGCUAAAGCUAACAGGCUUGCUAAGCACAAGCAGAAAGAUACAAUUGAUUAUCAUAAGCUACAGCUAAGUAGAACUUAUCCUGCUGGUACAAGGACUGAUUCAAGUAAUUAUGAUCCUCAGCCUUUAUGGAAUGCUGGGUUUCAGAUAGUUGCGUUGAACUACCAAACACGGGGGGAAGAAAUGGAAAUAUACGACGGGAAGUUUCGGCAAAAUGGAGGAUGUGGUUACAUCCUUAAACCUCCGGAUCAGAGAGGAGUAGAAGAAGAGGAAGUUGCAAAAACAAUGAAGUUGAAGAUCAUCAGUGGACAGAGGUUGACUGGUCGAACAUCAAACUAUGACGACACUUCUCUUCAAGUUGAAGUUUCAACAUCCGGUGACCAAAGUGAUGUAAACAGAUGUGUAACUAAGUUUGAUAAGAACAGUGGAUUUGAUCCAAAAUGGAAUGAUGAGUUUAUUUGUUUCAUCACCAAACCUGAGCUUGCAAUGGUUAGGUUUGUAGUGAAGACUCAAACACAUGACAAGAUUGGACAAAACUCAAUACCUUUCAACAGUAUUGCGCAAGGAUACCGCCAUAUACCAAUGCUUGAUCGCUCCGGUGCAAGAAUCACAAGUGCUUCAAUCUUCGUUUACAUUGAAAUAAAUAAUGCAGUGGUCAGACAUCAUAAUCCAGGCAAGGUAAAAAUGGACAAAGCUGGUUGAAGUUAAAAAAAAGGACCAGAAAACGACGAAUAGUUUUUCAAGAAAUGAUGGAUACUGUUUUAAGUCAAGGAGAGUUGGGAUUUUGAAGGCAAAAAAAUCAUAUAGGUUCAAGCUGUGAAAACUAAUUUUCUACUUGUUAUAAUUGUUCAGAGACUAUUUAAUAGCAGCGCUAUCUUAUAUAAAAUUUGUUCGGUUUACUUUUUUUUCGAUUUAAGAAUUCCUAAUAUUUUGUUUGUAAUAAAAAUACAGUGAAACUGAAAAAAAUUGUUGAAAUAUAUAUUAAUUUGGGCUAUAUAUAACUCUGGCUUAAAUUCCAGGUUCCCUGGCAUGUCUUGCUACAGGACUUUAACCUAUGUCCGACUAAAACAGAACCAUUAGCGACCAGUUAUGUUUUAGUAGGCCCCUGAAAGACUUGAGUCUAAAAGCAGCCUGGGUGUUGGGAUAAAGGGCCAAAUUUGGCCUAAAUCCUUUGACAAGGACAUCACCCACUUAGAA